CCCCUCGCAGGCUUGUGACGUCAGAGCCGCCAUGACCAGCUAUCCGUAUGGGCAGGGCUGCCCAGGAGCUGCAGGACAAGCUCCAGGAGCUCCUCCGGGUAGCUACUACCCUGGACCUCCCCAUGGUGGAGGGCAGUAUGGCAGUGGGCUACCCCCUGGUUAUGGCGGUCCUGCCCCUGGAGGCCCUUAUGGACCACCAGCCGGUGGAGGGCCCUAUGGACACCCCAGUCCUGGAGGACCAUAUGGCGGUGCGGCCCCAGGUGGUCCCUAUGGUCAACCACCUCCAAAUUCCUACGGUGCCCAGCAGCCCGGGCCUUAUGGACAGGGUGGCGUCCCCCCCAACGUGGAUCCCGAGGCCUACUCCUGGUUCCAGUCGGUGGACUCCGACCACAGUGGCUACAUCUCCAUCAAGGAGCUGAAGCAGGCUCUGGUCAACUCCAACUGGUCCUCGUUCAAUGACGAGACAUGCCUCAUGAUGAUAAACAUGUUUGAUAAGACCAAGUCAGGCCGCAUUGACAUCUACGGUUUCUCGGCCCUGUGGAAAUUCAUCCAGCAGUGGAAGAACCUCUUCCAGCAGUAUGACCGGGACCACUCGGGCUCCAUUAGCUACACGGAGCUGCAGCAAGCUCUGUCCCAAAUGGGCUACAACCUGAGCCCCCAGUUCACCCAGCUCCUGGUUUCCCGCUACUGCCCGCGCUCUGCCAAUCCUGCCAUGCAGCUCGACCGCUUCAUCCAGGUGUGCACCCAGCUGCAGGUGCUGACGGAGGCCUUCCGGGAGAAGGACACAGCUGUGCAAGGCAACAUUCGGCUCAGCUUUGAGGACUUCGUCACUAUGACAGCUUCCCGGAUGCUAUGACCCAGCCCAUCUGCAGAGAGCGGAGUGCACAAGGGACCUUUCCUGGCUCCUUAUGGUGGGAGUAGCAUAUGGACUUCUCUUCUUUUCCUCCCCCUUCUAAGAAAAGAUUCUCCCUUGCUUGAUGCAGCAGUGUUCCCAAAGAGGGUUGGUAAUCCUGUAUCAAAGCCACCAGAUAGUGAGGGGCCUGACCUAGGAGAGGACUGGAAGUUGAAUGGCGCAGCCUUGCAGCAGGAGCAGGAGAUCUCGGUCCUUGUAAUGGAGUUAGUGUCUGGUCAGCUGGGCUCCCGCCUCUAGCUUUCCCCUCUCUGCCCUGACACCAGUGGUAAGUGUUCAUCGUCUUGUUACCAUUGGCACCUGUGUUCCCUCACCCAGGCUGUCCUGUCAGAUGAGCCCAUUUUCUCUAAAGUAGAAUCUGACCAGCGUGAGAGAUUUGCCCGUGGGACCAGCAGCCUGGAUUCUGCCACACCCACAAGUCCUUGUGUGUUAACUUCUAGCUGCCUGGGGUCUCUCCCUGCGCAGGGAGCUCAGACAGUCUGCUCCCUGGACAUCUGUGGCCGGGCUACUGUCUUUGCAGCUUGGACCGCUCACUUGCCUGCCAUGCUCUGCUCGGCUUCAGUCCCCAGGGGACAGUUGUCACCUCCCCCUGCCAAUGCUUUUUUUUUUUUUUUAAAUUCUGGUUUUUUCAUUUGGGGCCAAAAGUCCAUUGAAAUUGUAAGCUUCAAUAAAAGGAUGAAACUCUGGA